AAAAAAAAAACCAAAAAAAAAAAAAAACCCAAACAUUUUCCAUUCCUCCAUACACAAUACAAAAACAAACAGCCCCCCAUUGCCCUAGUUUAUCCAUCUCCUCCAAGGCAAUGGCACUCGAUAACUGUAUACAACUAAGCACCGCCGCCGCCAUGUGUGCCACCACUUCCAGACCCAAAUCUCACCUUUUCCCUUCAAAUUUUCCCCAAAAAACAUCCUUCUCCAACAAAUUACCCACUCUCCGACUCAGAUUCUCCACCCCUUCUUCCUCCACUUUCAGAAAAUCCUUCUCCGUCACGUGCCAAGCUCGUGGAGCCGUUGACGACGUGAAAGAAGUGACAGAGUCGAGUUGGAACAAUUUGGUGGUGGAGAGUCAAAAGGCUGUGUUGGUGGAAUUUUGGGCGCCGUGGUGUGGACCUUGUAAGAUUAUUGAGCCUGUGAUUAAGGAAUUAGCGGCGGAAUAUGCUGGGAAGAUUGUGUGUUUGAAGCUUAAUACAGAUGUUAGCCCAAAUGUGGCUUCGAAAUAUGGGAUUAGAAGCAUUCCCACGGUUCUGUUUUUCAAAAAUGGAGAGAAGAGAGAAAGUGUUAUUGGAGCUGUGCCUAAAUCUACCUUGGCUGCUACCAUUGAUAAGUAUGUUGAGGUUUGAUUUUGAAGAAUCCCCAUUAUCAAAUUUCACCAGAUAUCUUCCAAUCUUCUUCUUUCUUGUAUAUGUAUAUCAACAUGUGUAAAAAUGGGAGAACUUUUGUCAAUCUCUUCUUUGAUUCUGUUGUAAUGACAACUUUCUUUUUCUACUUUAUGUACUUCAUUCAUUUU